UUUCUGGAGAUGUGUCUGUUCUGAGGCGAAGCUUCCCGACGAUCUAAAUGCAGAGCCAACAGUGUUCCCAUUCCCCGGCUUUAAUUAAUAUGCAGGCUGUGCUCGUGGGAACAAUGAGGACCAGUUCGGUGUGGGCUGCGGAGUGUCACUCGGUGGCCAGGAGAGGGCAUCUCAAGUCCUGAAAACGGAGCACCAGCCAACCAGCAGCCUCCGUCCUCCUCUUCCACACGCAGGAGCAUCAUUCCUGUUGCUAUAUAACUGAUUUAUUCUCGGUGUCACGGCCAACGCGUCUAAUCCACAAAGCCGCCUGCACCUUCCUCUCUCUUCACCUCCCCUUCCUCCCCGCCUCCCCCACGCCUGAAGCAGGAUACCGCAACUUGUCGUCUUCGGACCGCGCAGUUCAGUUCCUCUCCAAACUGCUCCGCUCGCUCGCUCGCUCGCUCUCUUCCUACUGUCUUUUACGCAACUUAGAAUCAACAAUUGGUGACUCUGUGAUUGGAGAGCAUCCUCCAGCCUCCCACAGCGUGCGCUGGAGAGUGCCAGCAUCAUCAUCAUCAUCAUCAUCAUCAUCAUGGCUCUACGAGCUUGAGCGCUUUCCUUCCCAUCCUUGGUUGAGGCGGCAGGCGGAAGACAAGAAUGCGGGACCGAGCUGAUGUGGUGCGGUAAACUACACGGACCAGAGAGGUUGAUGUGCACCUUGAGGGAGCCGCGGUCCUCUCCGACAGGUGCGCGGCUGUGAGCGCAGCGGGAGGGGGAGGUUUGACUUCGGCGCAAAGUGCGUGCGUUUCCCGUGCUCGCAUGUGCAAACUAUUUGGGCAAAACGCCGAGUGCGUCUAACAUGUGGAGCCGGAACGCAUCCGGAAGACAUCCCUGGGCAUGAGGAAAGGCAGACGUCGUACAAGUAUGGGUCUUUCUGUGCUUUUCAGAUGGCUAAUGUUCACUGUGGCGAUACCCACCUGGCUGCUUGCAGCGCCGAGCGGCAUCCGGGAGCGCCGCUGCCCCUCGAGCUGCAGAUGCGAUGGGAAAAUAAUAUACUGUGAAUCCAACGCCUUCCGCGACGUGCCGAACAACGUGUCUGUGAGCACGCAGGGCCUCUCCCUCCGUUACAACAGCCUGGUGAACCUCAGAGCCCGGCAAUUCGCAGGUCUCAGUCAACUGGUGUGGCUCUACCUCGACCACAAUUACAUCACUGCGGUGGAUGGCCAGGCGUUUCAUGGGAUCCGGAGGCUCAAGGAGCUGAUCCUCAGCUCCAACAAGGUCACGCAGCUGAAGAACAACACGUUUCACGACGUCCCAAAUCUACGAAACCUCGACUUGUCCUACAACAAGCUGCAGGUUCUGAAACCCAAUCAGUUCUUGGGUUUGCGGAAGCUGCUCAGUUUGCACUUGAGGUCGAACUCCUUAAAGACGAUCCCCAUGCGGGUUUUCCUCGACUGUCGCAACCUGGAGUUCCUUGACAUCGGCUACAACAGGCUCAGGAGCCUGACACGCAACGCUUUUGCGGGACUCUUAAAGCUGGUCGAGCUUCACUUGGAGCACAACCAGUUUUCAAAGAUAAACUUUGCUCACUUCCCCCGCCUGACUAACCUGAGGGCGCUCUACCUGCAGUGGAACCGUAUCAGGCUGCUAACGCAAGGGCUGCCAUGGAUGUGGACCUCCUUGCAAAAGCUGGACCUCUCAGGAAACGAGUUGGAGGUGCUGGACGCCAGCACAUUUCAGUGCCUGCCCAACCUUCAAACUCUGAAUCUGGACUCCAACAAACUCAGCAACGUCUCCCAGCGGACGGCGGAGACUUGGAUUUCCCUAACCAGCAUCAGUCUGGCCGGGAAUUUGUGGCACUGUAACCCCAACAUAUGCCCGCUGGUGUCCUGGCUCAAAGCCUUCAAGGGCAACAAAGAGACUACUAUGAUUUGUGCUAGCCCUAAGGAGGCUCAAGGAGAGAAAGUGACAGAUGUGGUGGAGACUUAUAACAUCUGUACAGCAACCCCAACCCCAAUCCCCUCGACGACUUUGCCCCUCACUUCCCCUUUCCAGCCCGAUUUCCCGCCUCUUCCCACGCAGCUGGUGGCAGAUAAAAAGCUGACCUGGAAUACGACGGCCUCGCCAACUCCUUCCGAGGCCCCCACCACCGCGCCGUUGCCCGACACCGACUAUGUGUCCUUCCACAAGAUCAUAGCCGGCAGCGUGGCACUUUUCUUAUCUGUGGCUAUAAUUCUGCUGGUUAUCUAUGUGUCAUGGAAGCACUAUCCCAGCAGUCUCAAACAGCUCCAGCAGCGCUCGGCAGUCAAAAAGCGCCAGAAACAGGCACGACAGACUGAGCGCUCCUUUAAUUCCCCCCUGCAAGAGUACUAUGUGGACUACAAGCCCUCCCAUUCAGAGACUAUGGAUAUGCUGGUUAAUGGGACGGGACCUUACACGUACACCAUCUCAGGCUCCAGGGAAUGCGAGAUACCACGGCAGCUGAACCCCCUGGCUCUGUACAGGUGUGAGCAGUCGGUGCUGGAUCACUGCCAUGCCCACCUGUCGCUGCACCACAACGUGGGCAUGGAGCCCUCGGCCCGGGCGCCGGGAGGUCCGGGGCCGGCCCCGUACCACCCGGGCCUGAUGGCCGCCCUCCCCUCCGAGCCGGCGCCGCCUCGCCCCCGGACUCGCUCCCACCGCCGGUGAGCUGCGCGCACCGACAGGCCCCUGAACUCCCCGUAUUUGUGCAACACAGAGUCAGCGAACUGCUCAGAGGAAAUAAAAAAAUAAAAAUAAAAAWAAAAAAGGUUGCGUGGGAGGAAACUGGGACUGCUAACGGAGCAAAGGAGACAGCUAAUCUACCGCGGAGCAUCCAGGAUCCAGGGUAAAUGGGAAUGAAAGUUUUUUUCUUUUUUUUUUUUUGUCCCCAGCAGUAGUAUAAAAGGGGUGCAGCAGUAUCGAUCGGUGAGAGUCUGACCUCCACGGCCCCACAUGUCCUCAAUUAAGCGAAAGAGGCUAACGAGUAACACGACUCCCCGCGUGUCCUUCGUCCCCCGCCAGGAGUAAUAAGGAUAGCAUUUUUAAUGAUUUGCUAAUCUUAUUAAACACAUUUCCUCGACUUGUCGUGAUCUGGGACCCUCUCUGCUGUGCGAGUAAUCAAGUGAUUAACGCUACAAGGGAAGAUGAGUCGCAGAACAAAUGAAAGAGUCCAAACAAAGUUUUUUUUCUGCUGUCUCUCUCUCGCUCCCUCUCCGACUGACUGACAGUAUUUUCUUUUUAGUUUAAGGCAAAGAAAUCAACAAAAACAAGUCUGAAUAUAGCAGACAGUAAGUGCCAUAUAAAUUGUACAGCCUCCACUGAUUUGUUGGCACCAAGUCUAAUUUUUAUGGUGACUUAUGAUGUGUGAUGUUGAUCCCUUUCACAUUAGUUUAUCACAGCGGAGAGAAAGUACCCACCAGGAAGCAGCACUGCGACACUCAGAUUUUUACUUUUCAUCCCUCAUUGGAAUCACUCUUGUGGUUAAUGGUUUCUGAUUUCAUAAUGCAUUAUUAAACCAAUUAUCUGACUGUGCGCUCAUAAAGCUACAUGUGUGCUUUCUUUUUUUUUUUUUCCUUACAAGAUGUUGCAAUAUAAUAUGUGGUAAAUAAAACUGUGGUAAAUGAUCGGUAACGGUGUCGUUCAUCAAGAUCGGUGGCUUCGACCCAAACAACUGUCUGCUGUAUUUAGACGGCUGCGGAGGCGGAUGACACAAAAGGAGCGGCGCGCUGGAGGCAAGGCUGUCGAACUACAAAACGUCUUGUUUUUUUUUUGUUUUUGUUUUUUUUGCAUUAGUAACUGACCUUCCCCAAGCCCCAAAUGGUAACUCUUUCUUGCUUUUCUUCUCCUGUGACUCUGUGACCGUUUUCUGAUGUAAUAAAGUAAACUGGGACUCUCCGAGCUUCAAGGCUUUUCUGUCAAAUGAUGACGUAUUUGUACGUUUUUGUCACCUUACGACCACGAACGUCUUAAUUAGGGUUUUAUGAUAAACCAACAGAACAUAUCUGUGAAGUGGAAAGAAAACAAUCAUCAACUUUUUUUUCCUUUUUAUAAAUUAAAACUGUGGCAUGGAUUUGUUUUCAUGUUUUCUUGUCUCUCGUGUAGCUCCAUACGUCUUCCCGUCAACUCCGUCCGCAUUCUUACAAUAGAAUCCCCACAGCAUGACACUGCCACCACCAUGUUUCACAUUGUGGAUAAUGUGUUCAGGGUAAGGUGCGCCGUGCGUUUUCGUUCUCACGCAAAGUUUUAUGUGUUAGUUUUGUGUCCCAUCUGUCUUGUGGCAAACAUCAAACUGGAUAUUUAUUUCAUUUAUAUCUUAAUAGUUUCAUUCUUUUUUAGAGCUAGAAAUGUAACUUUUACAAAAAAAUAUGAUGUUUGCGUAUUUAUUAAAACUGUCAGUAAAAUAUAUGAGGCAGAUAUUUGCAUUAAUGCUCCUCCACUGGUGGAAAACAACCAAUCAGAGCCAGGAGGAGGCUCUUAGUGCUGUCAAUCAAACUUGUGUAGGCGCUGUGAAAGAAACAACUUAAUGUUACAAAAUAAGAAGGAAGAAACAACAAUGGAUGGAUGCGUUCUAAUUAGGUGACUUUUUAAGAUGGCUGACUGAACUGGUUUUUUUUUUAGGGAUAUCAGAGUAAAUAGGGUUGGGUGCAAAUAGACGCCACAUUUUCACAUUUCUUUGGGAAAGCGUUUGGAAACAAUGUAUCGAAUUCCUUCCUCUUCACAAAUAUGCUUUUUUUUUGUGGCACAUCCAUCACCUGAAAUCCCAUCAAAUGUAUCUUCAUGUUUGUGACGAAACGUGGAGAAGUUCAAGGAGGGAGAACAUUCUUGCCAGGCGCCGUAGCAGCUCCAUGCUCGUCACAUUUUCACAUUACGCUCUGUAAAAAUGAUGUCAGUUUAAUUGUUACGUAGAUGUAAUCUGUGUCAACCCCCACAAGAGUAAAUAUUUGAGUGUUGUGUUGAAUUGCGUCUUCAUCUGAUGUUGGAUGUGCUGCUCCAGGUAAGUUGUGGUUUUGCUGGAUCUAAACUAAUUAAUCUGUGAGAAAGUCCCGUUUUCAUUUUUGCUUGUUGCUGCUGUUUGUUUUUCGUAAUCUGCCAUAUGUGAUAUUUGAAUAGAGUAAGUGGAUGCGGAGCAUGCCAACGCCAGAACAUCCGUGGUGUAGAAUUGUCACGUAUAUAAAUAGGGAAGUGUGUGAGUGACGCCUUGUGAAAUAAUCAAACAAAACGAACAAAAACACCAACAGAGGACCGCCUGCUGUGUGGGAGGCAACAAAAGCAGUUUGAUAUGCCAGGGACAGCCGUGUUUUAAGUAAACUGUUGAAUCCGGCAGCCUCGGCUACUAUAAGGGUCGCCGGUAAAGACUAUUCAGAAAUGAUUUCCUUCUUUUGCUGCAGUAGCAUAAUCCAACACAGGUUUUUAUUUUUAAACCCAAUCUGUAAUGUCGAGAUGUUAAGAAAUUUUUUUUUUUAAAACACAAUUUAGCAGAGCCACAAUUAUUGGCAUUCCUACAAUUUCCUUUACAGCAAAUGUAACGGAUACGUUUAAGUUUCAGAUGUUUAAGUUGCACAGAGCAGCUGAGCACUUUUAAUUAGAAAUCCAUUACUUCCUGUUUUACUGGCCCAUUUCACUUAGUUUCUCUUCAAAAUGGGAAAGGGAGGAAAACAUGGCAUAGAAAGGAUCAAGGUGAAGUAAUGGUGAGAAGAAAACAAACGACUACAACAACUUUGAGUAUGAUAGAAAAAAAAACAUUUCUUUUUGUGCCGACUAAAUGCGUUAGUGGUUGGAUUUUUGUGUCAUUUUAUUGAUAGUAAUUUUUUUUUUUUUAACUGCAAUACAAAAUGAAUGUAAUUUUUGAGAACUUUUGACGCGUUUCCCAUUGAUGUCCAGAAACGCUUUGGGCAGAGUUCCAGGUAAACGAGCAGAACGCUUAAUCCAUGGAACAAACACUUAUUGAGAGGGACAUUUGGAGUCAUCACAGAGACUACAGCGUUGGUUGUUAUAGUUACGGUAUUUAUCCAGGGUUAAUCAGUCAGUUUAUGAAAGAAAAUGUUCCAAAGAUUUUAAUUAUCAGCCAUCUCAGAGGGUUUACACCGAUACGAUGAGUGGGCCAGAUCAGGCUGAAGGCUCUUUGCUUUGCUGGGAGUACAAGCAGAUAGCCAAACUUUUUUUUUUUUUUUUUAGCUCUACCAUCGUUUACAAAGCACAUUUUCAAUUGCAUUUUUUUACACACAUACAGCUGAAGGUUGUGUCACAGAUAACCUGGGACCUCUGUGAAGAUUUGUCACUUUCACAUUUCUCCACACUCACAGUCAGUCCCCAGUGUCGUCCCGUCUCUGAGAGAAAGAGAGCAAAACAUUCCAGUUUAUUCUGAGGAGGCGACUUCCUUUGUACUUCUGCUUUUCAAAUAUGUUGAAACUGUGGCUCAAUAUGCCAGGGAGCCCAGUGGUGCAUUUAAAGCAAACCAUGUGAACUUUGUAAUUCUUGAUGACUUCCUGCAUAACAUCCUCCAAACUUUAGACUACAGAUGGACUAGAAUAGCUUUGACUCAUUGUUUUGUGACAUAAAUUGAUUUUUUUGUGUGUGUGUCACUAGAGACAUUGGUUUAAAUAUGUUAUUCUAGCUAAAAUAAAUAAAUAAAUAAAUACCAUCAUGAAAUACUGGGAAACAUUUUGCAGUGCCGUAAGCUUAAUCCACGCUUAAUUCCUCCUUAAUUUACUUCCACAGAGAUUCAGCAACUUCUAAUCCUAAAGAAGGGGGUCUCAAUCAGCCAUUUUACAGAGGCUUUGAAUGUGAGAAAACUUCUUAUUCAGUUAGAAAAGACAUCCCAUGUAAAAAAUAAAAAUUGGUGCAUCUGCUAUUAUAAAUACCUUUUGCCAAUAAAAGCUCUUAGUCUCUGCAAGGUUGGAGCAAAGAGAGUCCAGUUUUACAGCAAUCAUAAACUUCUUAUAAUCUUGCAGUUGCUGACCAGAUUUGUGCAUGUUUCUCCUGGCAUUAAGAUAAUUCAGUCUAAAGUCUUUGAGGCUGGAAGGCUUGUUCUCCACCCAAACAUCCUCCAUCAAGUUAAAGUCAGGAUUGUUCCGUAAACAUUAACGCCCAAAGAUUUAUCUUAAACCUAGAUCAGGUCUAAGAUAAACAUGAAUCAUCUUGGGCUUUAUGUAAGAAAGAAACAAAGAAAUGAACAAGGAAAGAGAAGAACAGUAAAAAAAAAAUUACUCUUAAUUACAUGAUUGGCACCAAUAUUUAAAUAUUAUUUAAGCAAUUAUGUGGGUCUUCAUCACCCCUGAAAAACAUUGAUUGAAUGAAAGGUUGGAUCUUUGUGAAAAUGUUCUUUGCAACUGCAACAGCAGAUUAUUUUAGGUUAAAGUUUUUUUUCCCCACUGCUUAACCAGGAGUGUCAAUAGCUGCGGCCAGCACUGUGUUACAUCACACUGAACACCACAAGCCUCGCUGCUCUUUAUUUCUCCCUCAUUCAUCAGCCUCUGCUGCUGCUGCUGCUGCAGCUACCAGAGUUAGUUUGGGGCUUAUACUUUUAGUGUCUCUCCUCUUUACCAGGUUCUGGCCAAAGCAUUCGUCUUUUGGAUGCUUCUCCUUUGUGCUUUCAGCUGACUCAACCACUUCAUUGAUCAGGCCUUUAUGUUUUCCUCUCUUAAUUAGCUCAUUUCCAGGGGAUAAGCCCUGCAGAAAGGAUAAGCUUCUUUCAUGUGCUUUUGUCUGAAAUCAAGAAUGCAAAACCCAAGAGUUUUAACACUGACGCAUCACAAAACAAAACAAAAAAAACAAAAAAAAAACGCAACAAUAAGAAAUGUGAUCUGAAAUCUCCAGAUGGUUGUUUUGCUCGUUUCUGAAUGGCCUGUCUUGGUUUGAGGAUCUUUAUUUAUGUGUUCAGAGAAUUAUGCUAAAACAUCUGCAAUGUAUUACAUGAAUGUAUUUUAUUGAAACAUAAUAAACAAUCACAAAGUU